CAUCACCCAAACGAGAGACAAAUAGAUUCCCAACUUCCAUGGGAGUUAACCGGAACCAUUGACGAAGACCUAGUCGCUGCAAACGUUAACUCGAGCACGAGACGCAAUCCAAGAUCCAUUUCAACCUAGUAUUGUGCAACUCAACCCCAUGCCACCUAUCCAAACCGACAUGCCAGCGUCCGCAAUAGCCUCCAGCAGGGUCGUUGGCUCUCGCGAGAGGCCCCGUACUCAUGAGUCUGAAAUUCCUGAAGAUCGCGAACUCGAGUACGAGCUCAGGUACCGCCGUACCCAACAAGAAUCAGAUGACGCCAAACGAGCAGUGGCCCAAGCUCAGUCGGACGAGGCCACCAGGGCUGUAGCAAAGUCCAUCAAAGACCUUACCGCGACGGCGCACUCCAUCUCCCGCGACUACAUGGAUCUCGCUCGAUGUGUGCCGCCGCAAGUGAUCGUGCGCCGACGAGGAGGACAGGAGAGACACGCCUGGGGACGGUCGUGGUUACGUGAUACGGGGUAUAACAACUCGACGUACGCAUUCAUCAAGCGGCUCGCCCAGCGCGAGGACUACACCCCCGCGACUUUCAUGGGUUGCACGUUCCUCGCUCGUCCCCUUGUUCGUGUAUCAGCGACGUUCCAUCCUCGGUGUCUGCAUGGCACAGGUCAGAUACAGCCGCCCCCGCCUAUACCCGGCGUACCCAUCCCUAUACCUCCUGUCCAUGAUUAUGUGGAAGUUCCACCAGCGGAUGCACGUCUGUUGGACGAGCCUGUCGUCAUCGGCGAGGAAGGCUGGUCUUCGCUCCUAGGCACCGUGGCCGUGCUAGAGGUCGAGUUCACAAGGCGCCAGUUCCUCCCGCCAACCUCGACUUGGCGCGCAAUUGGAGAUUUCUUCGUACGCUUCGGGCUGUACAUGAGCUAUGUAUUUUCAUGAUUGCCAAUCACAUCUUAGUCACCG